AUGGCCUCCGAUAAAGUUGACACGGAAUCAAGAGAUACAAGCGAAUUCGAACCUUCGACAAUUGAUAGCGAUGCUAAACGAGAUUUGAAUGAGUUAGCAGAGUGGUUUCGGACGGCAGAAAUGGUCACUCAGGCGAAAAACACAUGGCGUUGCGUUGAUACGGCAAGAUUUCAGAAGGUCGAUCCGCUGCUAAGCAAGUUGAAACUGGACAAAGGCUGCAAAUUUACCCUCUACAGAAUUUCCGGAUAUACGAGGAUUCUAAAAGGACUGGGGUUUGACAAUCUUUUUUUUCCACUAUUGGGAGCUGUAGAUAUACAUGGCGUACGCUUUGAACCAGGGAAAUAUACUCGGUUUACAAGUAAUCAAGUUGUCGAUGCUCAGUUGGACUUUCUCAUUAUCUCAGUACCAGAAGACGCGUCAAUGUCCAAUGAAAGCAGGCUGGAGUGA